GGGAGAGAAGAAAGAAAACAUGCCAAAAGUUUGGUUCUCUCUGAAAAAGUCCUUCCCCUGCAAACCAGAGCCAUCAGAAGUGUAUGAUCCUAAGUGCAGGAAACAACUCAACACAAUCACAACAAAGAAAGCAGCCAAAAAGACAGGCUGUUCUUCAGGAAGGUCUGGCUGUUCAAGGUCCAUAGCAAAUCUCAAAGACGUCAUCCAUGGAAGCAAGAGGCACAUCGAAAACCCGCCAAUUUGCAGCCCGAGGUCGAUCGGUAGCAGCGAGUUCCUCAACCCGAUUGCUCAUGAAGUAAUACUAAGCAACUCAAAGUGUGAGCUCAAGAUCACUGGUUUUGGAAGCUUCCACCAAGAGGGUGGGGGAAAUUCUGAUCUUAGCAGGGGUGGAGGCGGGAAUUCGCCAUUUUUCGGUACACUAAGGCCCGGAACUCCCGGUCCGGGGUCCAACUCCCCUUCUAGUACUACCUCCAUAUCUGCAACAAGAAAGCUUCCUUCUCUUUUGUCCUAUAGAGAUGGGAGUACUGCUAAAUCCAAGGGAGGUGGGGAAGUUCGUACGAGCAAACGGUUCAUGCCGCUAACUGAAUCGAACGGUAGGACGUUUUCGAUGGUUACUUGCCAUAAAUGUGGAGAGCAGUUCUGCAAAUUGGAGGCUGCUGAGUCUCACCAUCUCUCCAAGCAUGCCGUUACCGAGCUUGUGGAGGGCGAUUCAUCAAGGAAGAUUGUCGAAAUAAUAUGUCGAACAAACUUGUCGAAGUCGGAGAACAACAAUAACCGAAUCGAACGAGUUUUCAAAGUUCACAAUAUGCAAAAAGCAUUGGCAGGAUUUGAAGAACACAGGGAAAUGGUGAAGAUCAAGGCAAGCAAGCUUUCAAAGAAACACCCUCGAUGCCUCGCGGAUGGGAACGAGCUGCUGAGGUUUUACGGGACGAUGUUAGCCUGCACUCUUGGACUAAACGGCUCGUCCACCCUCUGCAUAUCACAGAAAUGCAGUGUCUGCAGAAUUAUAAGGAAUGGUUUCUCAGCAGAGAAGGAUAUGAAAGAAGAAGUGGGAGUUUUCACGACUUCAACGAGCAGGAAAGCUUACGAAACCAUUGAAACAACCGAAGAAACCUCGGUGAAGAAAGCAUUGAUAAUCUGCAGAGUGAUUGCAGGGAGGGUUCAUAGGCCAUUGGAGAACAUCAAAGAUAUGGUUGGCCAAGCAGGGUUUGACUCCUUGGCUGGCAAAGUGGGCUUACAUUCCACCAUUGAAGAGCUUUACUUGCUCAAUCCUAAAGCUUUGCUUCCUUGUUUUGUUGUGAUUUGCAAACCAUGAAGAUAAGGAAGCCAACACAAAGUUUGUGGUUUACCAUUUGUUUUCGAGUUUAUAACGGUAUUAUUUAACUCAUUCGAAUUCCACUUCGAAUCGUUAUGUAAGGAUUCCCGAUUCAUAUAUAUAACGAUCAAGGUGAAACUA